CUCUUGCUUUGAUACUUCACGGGUAUCAUCAUGGCUAACUCACGACACGGAUACGGAACACCACUAUUCAGCACUGUAUCGUCGGCAGCCUCGAUACGUUCACUCCACGGGAUUGACGUACCUGAAGGCGAAGGGGGCGAAGGGGACGGGUUGAUAGACGUCGAAAGCCAAAGCGAUAGGCAGAGCAGACAGUAUGGCAGCAUUUCCGAGCAAAGCCGAGUCGACCAUCGGGCCAAGUUCAAGAAAAGAGUAAAUUACUACAUCCCAUCUACCGCGUGGAUUCCCAGCUAUUCGUUAUCGCUGCUCGGAGGCGAUGUUCUAGCUGGGAUGACGGUAGCCAGCAUACUCAUACCGCAAUCUGUCAGUUAUGCGUCUUCCCUCGCAAAGCUGAAUCCGACGACGGGGCUGUUCGCGGCAUCUUUCCCUGGAAUCGUAUACGCCUUUCUCGGAACUUCGAGACAACUGAAUGUAGCACCUGAGGCUGCGUUGAGUCUGCUGCUUGGUCAGGCUGUCGAUGAUAUACGGCAUGACCUGUCCAAUCCACAUUCAGGGAAGGGCGAUAGGCUGGGUCUGCAUGUUGCGACGAUCAUUACUCUUCAGGCCGGCCUCAUAACAUUUCUUCUUGGAUUCUUCAGGCUGGGGUUCAUGGAUGUCGUUCUCGGCCGGGCUCUGCUUAGAGGGUUUAUUACGGCUAUUGCUGUUGUCAUCACCAUAGAGCAGCUCAUACCGAUGCUCGGUUUGACCGCUUUAGAACACGCCCUUCAUCCAGCAACAACAUGGGACAAAUUUCUUUUCAUAUUAGACCACUUCCUAAAACAUACGAAUCCCACAACCGCCGCUAUCAGCUUCGGAGCACUCUUUACGCUCAUUUUCUUGAGAAAGGUGAAACAGAGCUUCGUCAAGUAUUGGUGGAUAUACCGAAUACCUGAGGUCCUGGUCGUUGUUAUCGUCUCUACGAUACUGUCUUCCGAGUUCGGUUGGGAUGAAGAUGGCGUCGAUAUCCUGGGCUCGGUACCUAUAAAUACUGGUUCUUCAUUUUUCAGGUUCCCUUUGCGAUCUUCCAACGUGCGAUAUCUGCGACGCACGACGUCGACUGCGGUAAUGAUUGCGGUCAUAGGUUAUUUGGACAGCAUUGUUUCUGCGAAACAAAAUGGUGCUAGGUUUGGGUACAGCAUCAGUCCUAAUCGCGAGUUGGUGGCGCUGGGAGCUGGCAACAUUGCGGGUUCGUUUAUCCCUGGCACUCUUCCUGCAUAUGGCUCGAUUACGAGAUCUAAAAUAAACGGUGACGUUGGCGGACGGACCCAAAUGGCAUCUCUCGUUUGCUCCGCCGUGAUUCUAUUUGUGACAUUCUUCCUCCUUCCUUUCCUUUAUUACCUCCCCAAAUGUGUUUUGGCAUCAGUUAUCUGCCUUGUCGUGUUAUCUCUACUUGCAGAAACGCCCCACGAUGUCAAGUAUUACAUCCAAAUGAAGGCAUGGGUAGAUCUAACAUUGAUGACGCUCACGUUCGUGUUAUCAAUAGUGUGGAACGUAGAGGUAGGGAUUGGUGUUAGCCUGGUGAUUUCACUUCUCCUCGUCGUCCACCGGUCAUCUAAGACUCGGAUGACGAUCCUCGGUCGUUUACCUCGCACAGAUCGAUGGAAACCCAUUAGCGAGAACCCUGACGCGAAAGAGGAUGUACCUGGGGUGUUGAUUGUCAGGAUUCGGGAGAAUCUCGAUUUUGCGAACACGGCGCAAUUAAAAGAACGGCUGAGAAGGUUGGAGCUUUAUGGAGUGGAUAAGAGCCAUCCUUCGGAAGAACCCAGGAGGCAAUUAGCUCAAGUGCUAGUCUUCCACAUGGCCGAUGUGGAAAGUUGCGAUGCUUCUGCUGUACAGAUGUUCCAUGAACUAUUUGAAGAAUAUCUGAACCGAGGUGUAGGACUAUUUGUGGCGCAUUUACGACCGGAACCUCAGAAGAUGUUCGUUAUAGCCGGAAUUGUGGACCUUUUGGGACCAGAGGCUUUCCGAGAGAAUGUGGCUGAUGCUAUAGCGGCCAUUGAGGCGAGGUUAUGAUGAUCGAUUGCAUUUUUGGAUACAACCUAUUUAGAGCGCACAGUGAUAUUUAAGUAUGUCUCCAAUAAUUGACUGGGUAUCUACAAUUUAGACGCCUGAAAUCACGGAUUGAUGGUUCGUCGUGGGAAAUUCGUUAAUUUAAGCGUUGUAAAAUUGGUGGUGCUACCUCUCAGAAGGUA